AUGUCUUCUGAGAAGCCCUCAUACAUCGUCGACUCCGGCGAUGCCCACUCUGACGAGAAGGCACCUCGCCGUGGCUCAACAGCGGUUGGCGAGGCUGCUGACCUCUAUGGAGACAUCGAAACUGCCGAGCAGCUUGGUUACGUCUCUCGCGGUCUCAAGUCGCGUCACAUCCAGUUCAUUGCCCUCGGUGGCACCAUUGGUACUGGAUUGUUCCUGGGUAUCGGCAAGGCCUUUGCUCACUCGGGUCCACUCUCUGUCCUGCUCGGUUACACUUUCACUGGUAUUGCCAUUUGGGGCAUGAUGCAGUGUCUUGGUGAGAUGGCGACUUGGUUGCCCUUGCCCGGUGCCAUUCCUCAGUAUUGUGCUCGCUAUUGCGAUCCUGCUAUGGGCUUCGCUGUUGGUUGGAAUAACUGGUACAACUCCGCAAUUACUCUGUGUGCUGAGAUUUCGGCUGCCGCCGUUGUCAUCGGGUACUGGAACGACACCAUCAACCAAGCCGCUUGGAUCACCAUUAUCAUCGUUGUCGUUCUCGCUUUGAACAUCUUCGCCGUCUCUAUUUAUGGUGAGGCAGAAUUCAUUUUCGCCUCCGUGAAGAUUGUAACAAUCGUUGGCCUGCUGCUUGUUGCCCUUGUCAUCGACCUUGGUGGUGCCCCUAAGCAGGGUCGUCUUGGUUUCCGCUACUGGGUCGUCCCUGAUGCUGGUGGUAUGAAGGAGUACAUUGGCAAGGGUGACACGGGUCGCUUCCUUGGUCUAUUCGCUACCCUGAUCAAUGCCACCUUCUCAUACGGUGGUGUUGAGAUGGUCGCCGUUGCAGCUGGUGAGGCCGAGAACCCGAGAAAGAACAUCCCCAAGGCCGUUCGUCGUGUCUUCUGGCGUAUUCUGUUCUUCUACGUUCUUGGAUCUCUUGCCAUCGGUGUUACUGUCAAGUCGAACAACCCCUUGCUUACCGCUGGUGGUGUCGGAGCAAAGUCCUCUCCUUGGGUCAUCGCUAUCCAGUCUGCUGGUAUCCCCGCACUGCCUUCGAUCAUUAACGCUGUCAUCUUGACCUCUGCCUCAUCGUCAGCCAACGCUUUCUUGUUCAGCGGCUCUCGUUACCUCUUCGCUCUGGCUCAGAACGGCCAAGCACCCAAGGUCUUCCUCAAGUGUUCCAAGAGCGGCGUUCCUUACUACGCCGUCCUUGUCACCGCUUCGAUCUCGCUCCUCACCUACAUGAGCAUCAGUUCCGGUGCCAGCACCGUCUUCAACUGGUUCCAGAACCUGUGCUCCAUUGCCAACCUCAUCACCUGGAUCAACAUCUUGAUCGCAUAUAUUCAGUUCCGCAAGGCACUGAUCGCUCAAGGUGUUGACCGCAACAGCCUCGUUAUGAAGAGCAAGUGGCAGCCUUGGACUGCAUACAUCUCUUUGGCCUACUUCUGCAUGAUUCUGUUGUUCAACGGCUUCGCAGUCUUCACCAAGGGCAACUGGACCAUCGAUGACUUCAUCACUGCUUACAUUGGUAUCCCCAUUUACAUCGUCCUCUACCUCUUCUGGAAGGUGUUCAAGCGCGAGCCCUUUGUCAAGCCUGCUCAGGCAGACAUCUGGUCUGGCAAGGCCGCCAUGGAUGCUGAAAUUUGGCCAGAGCAGAAGCCCAGAAACAUCAUCGAGAAGAUCUGGUUCUGGAUUGCUUAA